UCCGAGAGACAGGCCAUUUCCCCCAUCACAACUUAACAAGCUGAUCACUGAAAUCAAUCCAAUCUACCUUUCUCGAGAAGAAAGAAAGCAAACUACAAAAGAAUCCCGCCGCCUCCGCCUCCUCCGUCUGCUUCUUCUUCCUCCUCCAUCAUCACGCUUUUUCAUUCAUCUCCAAGCUCGCUAAUUUUUGACACUUGGACAAUUAAUUCGAUUCCAGCAUGGCAACGCCAGCAGGACCAGCACCGCGUCUGGGCAUCUGCACCGUUCUCUCUGAAUCGAAGCGCAUCCUCAAUGCCCACUCUCGUCACUUCCUCGCCCUCUCUGUCCUCUUUCUCCUCCCUCUCUCCUUCUCCCUCGUUGUCUACCCGACGCUUAUACAACUCCUUGCCGAUCCAACGCCUAACAACUCCCAAGUCCUCCUCAGAUCUCCCCCUUUUAAUUUCCAUGACCACUAUCAUCAACAGAAACCACCCAUCUCCUCCAACACCCUUAUCCUCUCUCUCCUCUACUCCCUCUUCGUCUGCGCCUUCUCUCUCUUCGCCGUCGGCUCUAUCACCUUCAGCGUCUUCCACGGCUUCUAUGGCCGACCCGUCAAGUUUGUCUCCGCCAUCAAAUCAAUUUUCACUUCUUUCUUUCCCCUCUUGGCGACUCUCAUAAUUUCCCAGGUCAUUCUCUCUCUGUUUGCCAUUGCUUUUGGGCUUUUCUUGUUCCUCGUUACGAGAGUAAUCGAGCUGUUUGGGAUUGACGUCGAGUAUUCUUCACCUUAUUUUGUAACGCUUUACGGGGUUGUGUUGCUUCUUUUGGCUAUGGUAUUUGUAUAUUUGCAAGUGAAUUGGACCCUCGCAUAUGUGGUUGUGGUGGUAGAAUCUAGCUGGGGUUUCGAGCCGCUGAGGCGGAGUGCGAGUUUGAUCAAGGGUAUGAGAGGGGUGGCGCUGUCGUUGUUGUUGUUUUUUGGAACUUUUGCGGGGGUUGUGGUUUGGACGGGUGCGGUUUCGGCGGUCGGAUCGGAUGGAGCAAGUGAAGGGUGGAAAAGUUGGGGGUUUGUUGUGCAGAUUGUGGUGACCUCCACUUUGCUUAUGCUACUUCUGCUUUACAAUGCCGCAGCGAACACGGUGUUGUAUAUGUAUUGCAAGGCAAUUCAUGGGGAGCUAGCCAUCGAGAUUGCUGAGGAGUUUGCUAGGGAGUAUGUUAGCUUGCCCUCUGAUGAUGGGAAGGUCCCUCAUAUAGUUUCAGUUGUGAUAAGUUGAUUUAGGAUGAGGCUAGUGACCACUGUAAUGGAUGCUCCAAACUUUUAUUUCAAUUACUUUUUCUCUUUUGGGCUGUCUUUUCCUUGCUACAUUCGUUUCUGGUUUGUAGUAUGUGAAGCUUUCCAUGUGAAUGAAUGAAUACCCUUAGAUGAUAUCUCAAUUCUGAA